AUGUAUGGACUACUUUUAGAAAAUAUGGCGGAGUACAUCCGCCAGACGUAUGGGGAAGAACGAUGGGAGGAUAUACGGAGGCAGGCGGGCGUGGAACAGCCCUCGUUCUCCGUACACCAGGUCUACCCAGAAAAUCUUAUAGCGAGGCUGGCGAAGACAGCGCAAGAGGUCCUCGGCAUAACAGAAAAGGAAUUUAUGGACCAAAUGGGAGUGUAUUUCGUGGGCUUCGUCUCUCAAUACGGUUAUGACAGAGUACUAUCCGUUUUAGGUCGUCACAUGAGAGACUUUUUGAAUGGCUUGGAUAAUCUUCAUGAAUAUCUGAAGUUUAGUUAUCCAAGAAUGAGAGCGCCCAGUUUCAUUUGCGAGAAUGAGACACGGCAAGGCUUGACAUUGCAUUAUAGGUCUAAACGAAGAGGAUUUGUUUACUACGCCAUGGGCCAAAUACGGGAGGUAGCUCGCCACUUCUACCACAAAGAGAUGCGAAUAGAAUUACUUAGAGAAGAGUUACUCUUUGAUACAGUUCAUGUGACAUUUCAACUUACCUUCGACAACCGUGCUUUUACCCUGGCUUCACUCGCAAUGACCAGGGAAGAGAAACAUCUGCCGAUCAGCGCUUCUGCUCUCUUUGAAAUAUUUCCUUUCUGCAUUGUCUUUGGUUCAGACAUGGUGGUACGCAGUAUCGGCAACUCCUUGAUGGUUAUUCUGCCUGAUCUCGUCGGAAAGAAGAUUACUAACUGGUUUGACCUGGUUCGACCGCUGAUAGCAUUUAAGUUUCAAACGAUUCUGAAUCGCACGAACAACAUUUUCGAAUUGGUGACUGUAGAAGCAGUUAUGCAUGAGAAAGCGCCCGACAGGCGGAACGAGUUACUUCGAUUGUCUGAUGAAUCGGAUUGCACUACUGAAGAGAACCUACGGUUAAAGGGUCAAAUGAUCUACAUGGACAACUGGAGAAUGAUGAUGUACUUGGGCACUCCGGUCAUGCCUGAUCUCUCGGCCCUGGUUUCCACUGGACUCUAUAUCAAUGAUUUGUCUAUGCAUGAUUUUAGCAGAGACCUCAUGCUUGCUGGAACCCAACAGUCUGUAGAACUCAAGCUAGCCUUAGACCAGGAACAGCAGAAGAGUAAGAAGCUAGAGGAAUCGAUGCGGAAACUGGACGAAGAGAUGAAGAGAACAGAUGAGCUGCUAUACCAGAUGAUACCGAAGCAGGUGGCUGAUAGAUUGAGAAAUGGGGAAAAUCCUAUUGAUACAUGUGAGAUGUUCGACAGCGUAUCAAUACUUUUCUCAGACGUAGUGACCUUUACUGAGAUAUGCUCUAGAAUUACGCCGAUGGAAGUUGUAUCGAUGCUGAACGCUAUGUACUCUAUAUUCGACACUCUAACUGAAAGAAAUAGGGUGUACAAGGUGGAAACGAUAGGAGAUGCAUACAUGGUGGUGUCUGGUGCUCCAGAGAAAGAAGAUAAUCAUGCGGAGAAGGUGUGUGAUAUGGCGUUAGAUAUGGUGGACGCAAUCACGGACUUAAAAGACCCGAGUACUGGCUCUCAUUUAUCCAUUCGAGUAGGUGUCCAUUCGGGGGCUGUUGUGGCUGGGAUAGUAGGCUUAAAGAUGCCCAGGUACUGUCUCUUCGGAGACUCCGUGAAUACGGCAUCACGGAUGGAGUCCACCUCUGAAGCGAUGAGAAUUCACAUAUCGCAAACCACACAGGAAUUGCUGUCACCAUCGUACAGGGUGACAGAGAGGGGAGAGAUUCAAGUGAAAGGGAAAGGUGCAAUGAAAACCUACUGGCUAGAAGGCCGAGAAUCCCGGCCGUCCCUUACAAAAGUAAUAUCCCAAAUACAACCGGGACAAGAACUAGAAUGGGAACGAGCAGCGGAUGUCAGAGACAGUAUUGCAGAGCAUUCAGCCCAACAGUUCAACCACAAAGAGCUACAUAUCAUGUCAGCAAUGUCUCUCGUCAGUGCAGGAAACGUUCUGCCAUCUCCUACGCUAAAGCAACCGACCGUGACGUCACCCGCGGAAGAGAGGCGGAUGUAUUCACCCGUCACGUUUCAAGAUGUUGCCAGGCGGAGUAUCGCCAAUUCGCCAAAUAGGACGGAAAAAGAUAAAGAAUUUCGCCCAUUUCCCGAAUCAAGAUCAACGUCAGCCAGCGUAGGAGGGAUGUGGACUGAUGCUGAAUCAAUGGACCCCCAGCGAACUUUAGAUAGUUUAAAUUCAUCCUUUUGUUACAGUGCCACGUCUCCAUGUAGAGUUGGUACCGCGCCAUUGUUGGAUAGAGACAAGGAUUUCUACACUGCGACUCUUCGAGCCGGUGCACUCUCUCCGCCACGUUCAGCGCCUAUCAUAGACACAUCGUACGGGCCCAACACGCAAGUAACACAAAAUUCAAUAACACAUGUACGGACAGCAUCACAUAGUGGAGAUGAAAUAGAAACAGACGACACAGAAUACCAAGACGCUAAUCAUGGCAACACCCACGUUUGCACAGUUUCUGAAACCGUCGAGAAUAAUCACCCCAAACAGGGCAAAGUCGGACGUUUUCGGGCGAGAAUAGCACCAGGGCACCAUAAAGUGUGCGUAAAGGCCCCGAAAGAUUCUAUCAAGGAGAAAGCACAGGUACAAACAAAUCCCCACGGCCAUCACCAUACAAAAAACGUUAAUCAUCACCAGUGCUGCGGUGCAUUUGGUAAUCCACACGUUAGACAUAAAUCCAGCAAUCCCAGCUGUCGUUUAAUUUAA